AUGUCAUCGGAUGCCCUCUCUUUCCACCCUCACCCUCUGCAGCCGUACAUCGACCUUGUCUUCUUCAACAUGUCCACUCUCUUCUGCUGUCCAGACACCCGGCCUUACCGGCCCCGAGCCCUCAGCCAUGAACCCAAGUUCACCGUCUUCAUGAAGUGGGCUGCCUUCCCGAGGGAGGCGACAGCGCAGUCUGCUGGGGAGCAAGACGACAAGCUCGCAGCCCUUGGCUAUCCCCACGUCAUUCAAUUGGUCAAGCAGGUCAACUUCGGUCCUCUUGAGGCCAAGAGGUACUUCGCUGCCACCAACAAGGGAGAUGAAGAGGAUGCCUUUGUUGAAGUCACCGAAUCCGACCUGAUUGCAGCAAACUACAAGAAGCUGAAUGCGUACAAAAACUUCAAGUGCUCGAACCACAACAAGUUUUUCGAAGUCAAUGUGUAUGAGAAGGAUCCUUUUAACGCCCACCAUUGGCGCCAGAAUAUCGCUCGGCCUGGAAGCGAAAUUGAUCUGUAG